CGCCGCUCUGUCGCAGCCUCCAGGUGCUCAACCUCAGCGGCAACUGCUUCCAGGAGGUGCCCGCCUCGCUGCUGGAGCUGAGCAGGCUGCAGACCCUCAGCCUGGGCGGCAACCAGCUGCAGAGCAUCCCCGCCGAGAUCGAGAACUUGCAGCGUUUAGAGUGCUUAUACCUUGGAGGAAACUUCAUUAAGGAAAUCCCACCAGAAUUAGCAAAUCUACCUUCUCUGAAUUACUUGGUGUUAUGUGACAACAAAAUCCAAAGUGUGCCUCCUCAGCUUUCACAGUUGCAUUCACUUCGUUCUCUCAGUCUUCACAAUAAUUUGCUGACAUACCUGCCUCGAGAGAUCCUCAACCUUAUUCAUCUGGAAGAGUUGAGUUUGCGAGGAAAUCCAUUGGUUGUCCGUUUUGUUAGAGAUUUAACAUACGACCCUCCAACUCUUCUGGAAUUAGCUGCAAGGACCAUUAAGAUCCGAAGUAUUUCUUACACUCCCUAUGAUCUUCCUGGGAAUCUCCUAAGAUACUUGGGUUCAGCCAGCAAUUGCCCAAACCCAAAGUGUGGUGGAGUCUAUUUUGACUGCUGUGUCAGACAAAUUAAGUUUGUGGACUUUUGUGGGAAGUAUCGCCUCCCCCUGAUGCACUAUUUGUGUUCUCCAGAAUGUUCUUCCCCCUGCAGCUCUGCCACACACAGCUCCACAUCCCAGAGUGAGUCUGACUCAGAAGAUGAAGCCAGUGUUGCUGCACACCGAAUGCAGAAGGUCCUUCUUGGUUGAGCAGCAGUGGAUGUUGAAAAAUACAAAAACUAAGCAAAGAUGAUUAAAAAAGAAAAUGGAGCUUGAAGAUGAUUGGAAACCUUCGUGUUUUCAUCUUGAAUGUCCGUGUAAGAGUUGCAGUGACGUGAAAGGUUUUGCAUUCCAUCUGUCCAUUCAGCUAGAUUGAGUCCAAUUCCAUGUUUAGAUUUUUGAGUAUAAUUUAUUCUGAAUGGCAGUUCAAAAUUCAGCUGGUUGGUCACAAUUUUCAAUUAAAUCUUUGAUGAAACACUAGCAAAAUGGUACACUCUGAGGAGCAGUUACAAUCUGCCUGGAGUGGUGUCACCUGGGGCAGUUGGGCUGACUAAAGUAAGAUAUCAUGACCGUUGUGCUACCAGAGUUGUCCUGGUUUGUGCUGAACACUAUGCCAUAAAUAGAAUGAGCCUUCUUGUGUUACCCCCAGGUUAGAACCUUUGUGCCCAACAAACAGUACAGUAAGGACUAUCAUUUUUAAAUGGAAUGUGUAAACUUCAGCUCUUGUUUUGUAUGAUUGUUACUGACUUUAUGCAAUCUAGCUGUGGUGUAUUACAGUGCCUUAAUCCUAGCAAGGGUAUGGAAGCUUAUUCUAGAAAUGAUUUCAGAGCAACCUACAACUUGACACUAUGCAAAACACUUGGGAAUGUGCUUUAGCAGACUAGGGAAACAACUGUAUAGAUAAUACCCAAGGCCUGCAGGCCUGGAACUCUUUAUGUAGAAUGAGCUGGCCAGGAACUCAGAGAUCCACCUGCUUCCACCCCCUCGUGCUAUCAUUAAAGGUGUGCACCACCACCUACUUCCAUGGCCAUCUUAAUUUCAAUUUGUUAACUGCAAUGAUCUCUUGUAAGCAUGGCUUUCACAUUUAUGGGAGGCUGUAGUCGUGAUCCAUCUAUUUGCCAAAAGACAGAAUAAUUGUUCUUGACAGAAAAAUCUAGAUGGCAAAUAAUCUUAAAAAAAAAAAAAAAAAAAAAAAAAAAAAAAAAAAAAAAAAGCUGCUUUAUAACAUUGAACUAAAUGAGGGAAAGUUGGACAUGGUUGUGCACACCUCCAAACCAGCACUUGGAAGGUAGAGGCAGAAGAUCGGGAGUUCACAGUUAGCCUAGGUCCCAUAGUGAAGUUGAGGCCAGCCUGGGCUGUAUACGUGAAAACCUGUCUCAAAGUGGAGGUGGGGAGGAUUUUGACCAUCAAAUGCACCUCCUUUGCUUGUAUUGUAUACUAAACCAAAACUUUCUCUGCAUUUGAAAUAAAACCCUACAACUAGAUAACAUGACAGUUGAAGGUAGUCAGAAUAGAGCUCAGUAUGUUCAUCCACAAUAGAAUAGUUCUUGAAGUUAGUUAAACCAUUGAACACUAAGAAAGCAGUAUCGAUCAAACAGGAAUGAAAAUAUUAAAAUCCUGUGUCCUUAAGGUGGAGGAGAAAAAUAGUAAUGGAUUAUUGUCAUUGGAAAUUAACAAAUUUUACUAAGUAGUUGAUUAUGCAAUAAAAACAAAUAUUAAAACUAAGUUGACAUCAGAAAAUAUCUAACUCACUACUUAUUGAUGAUUAAAUAACCAACCUGUAAUAGCAUAAAGGCCGAUUGGUAAAUGCUAAAGGUAGUUUCAGAUUUCAUUAGGAUGUCAGGUGUUUUCUUAAAGAGUGCUUUGUUAGAGGUCAACCCUAUGCUGAGACUAUUUGCAUGUUAGUUUUCUUGUAUAUAUUAUUUUAUUUUAAUAGAAUAUAUUAGUAGAUUAUGGGAUAAUUCAGGGUUUAUGUGUGUUUGUGUUAUGUCAUGAAACACGAGAGUUUCGUGGCUGCAGUUGUGAAACGCUGCUAUAGUGAGUCCCCUUACCUUUCCCUCGAAAUAGUGUAGUAAGAUUAAGGUUUUUUUUUUUUAUUUAGAGAUUUUCUUUCUGUUUAUAGAAGUGAUAUUUUCUACUGCAAAUGUAAUUGUAUGAUGUUAUAAAGUCUUUGUAUUUCACCAAGUGAGCAGUUGUAAGCUGCCUACUGCAAGAUUAGGAAAGGCACAGAUGACUUGGGCAGUACCAAAGUGUCAAACUGUAAAUGCUUUGUAAUUAGAUGACUUUAGUUAAUAUAGAAUGUUUUCAUGGAAAAUAUUCAGAUUGAUGGGACUGUAUUCUUUUGGUUUAAAUACUUCUACUUUCUUGAUUGAUUGUCAUCUUGACCUAAGUAAUAGCUUGAGUAGCCUUUUAGGAAUUACUUGUAAAAUAGCCUUGUAAAUAGAGCAUCUAACCAUACAUACCCUUUCCAGCCUCCUAGAAAGGAGGUAUACUGGUUCAUCUUUCAUAAAUGUAAAUAUUCCAGCCUGUGGCAUAUAGGUGUAUCCUAUGGUGUUCUUUCAGCAAAGUGUUUAUUGUGCUUUUUUAUGUGUAUAGUUAAACUCUGUGAACAGCGUGCCAAAUCAGUGUGCAGCUGUCUUUGUGGAGAUGAGGAUUAUAGGGAUUAGAUCCAGGGUCUUGUGCAAGCUACAGUCCACACCUAGCAUAGAUAGCUUUUAGUGAAGUCUUCAAUAGCAGCUGUUUUACCUUUUUUUGGUUGUUGUUUUUUUCUUUUCUUUUCUUUAUUACCCAUCUUUGUCCUUACUCUUUACUAGAGCUACCAAUGAUUGCUAUUUUUUUCAUACUUUUUCUUUUUUAAAAAAGCUGAUUAUAGACAUUAACUUAGUGAGAUAGGAAUUGGCCAUCUAGAAAUAUGAUCAUCUUCUGAAGUCAGCAGGAUGUAUUUUAAGCAGUAGUCUGUCUCUACAGGUAUGAAUCCCAUGUUUAUCCAGCUAGUGAACUUUUAAAAUCAACAAGGGCUAAUUUUUCAUAAUAUGGCUAUUUUAUUUUCUGAGACAGGGCCUGGCUAUGUAGCCCAGGCUAGCCUUGAACUAACUUUGUAGCCCAAUCAAGCCUGCUUGUAAUGCUCUUGCCUCAGCUUCCCAGCUGCUGGAAUCACAAGUAUAAACCAUGGGUCCAGCUCAGUAUUUUACUUAGAAAUGUGCCAAAAGUGCCGAUUAGCCUAAAAAUCUUGAUGUCUAAAUUUUUGUUGCCAAUAUUAAAAAUAAACAUACAUUGUAGAUGGGCCUCAAAUAUUAGAAAUUUGGGGGUGAUAUAAAUAAAGGGCAAUCCUUAAUAGUGCAGCACAGUACUACAGACCAGUUCUAACAGACACUGAAAAUACUGGGUUUAAAUGAAGACUCAAGAAGGGGCUGUUUGCUGGAGUGUUAAGUAAAACAAAUCUUUAAAAGCAGCAAAGGAUAGGGAAAGAGAAGUCAUAGGUACCCAGGGAAGUCUUUGAGCCAGUAAAGCCCUGUAGAGUAUUAAGAAAUAGUUUUGAAAUUAAUCCACCAAGUGGCCUCCUACUGCCAUCUAAAAAUCUUAUCACUAAGUUUAUUACUGCUAAUGUUAUUAUUGAAUCGAUCCCUGCUGCUGGAGGUUGUUCUGUUGCUCUGCAUAAAGCAGAGCCAGCAAGCUGUAGGCUUUCUUUCGAUCUUGCUCUUCCCAGAGUUUCUAUUAGAAAGUAGUUCCUAUUGGCCUGGCUUAUAAUACAGCAGGUAAUCUUAGUGAAUGUUUUCCUUUUUGUUGCCUUUUUUUAAAAAACUGCAAAUCAAGUAUUUAGUAGUAGCUAUUUGCAUAAAAAGCAAACGUUUGUUUUCAUGUUCAUGCUUGUAGAUGAGACUUUACCCGUAAAAGUAUAUAUGUAAAAUGAUUUAGCUGCAUUUAGUUUUAAAGGGCCUAAUUAUUAACCGAAUGAUUUGCCUUUCAUCUAAAAGUAGAGAUUUUAUUAUUGUAAGUAUUGCUCUCCAUUUAGUUCAAAAUACUGAUUUUUUUUUUUUAAGUUAGACUAGGCAUGUAACCCCUGUGGUGAAGUAUACUGUGUAGACUUUAGGCAAUGUGACCUGUAGCACAUAGUUCUGUUCCCUUGCUUAGAAAAGAAGUGUUUCGUUAGCCCUCACUAUCUUUGUAUUAAGCAUUUAAUGUUGUGUAACAUUAAUUCAAUAGCAUACAAUUUUUCCAUUUUCAUCAUAGUGUGAUCUUUUUGAUAAUAUAGUAGGUAACACUAUCUUUUGUGGUCUGAAAGUGCCUUUAAAGACUUCCUUUUAACCCAAAGAAUAGGAAAGAAAAGUAUAUUGUAUGGUAAAUUGUCAAUGAUGGCUGUGUGAUCUUCUACAUUGACUUGAAGGAGAAAGACUGAUCCUGAGAGAUUCCUUUGCCUGCAGCAUGGCCCACUGUGUGUAGGGCUUCUGGGAAGGGAAUCUUAACCAUACUGUGCCAGGAGAUCAGAGGCCUCCAGAACCAAAGGUCAAGCACUACCACCACCACCACCACCACCACCACCACCACCCUGCUCUCAGUAGAAAGGUGUAUCUUUCAUAUAGUAUUUUAUUUAAAUGUUCAUGCUACACAAAGGACAGCAGAAGUUCCACUGCUGUCAUAGUUACAGCAUCUUAGGAAAAUAUUGUCACUGAGGUCUAGCAUGUUUUACCACCAGUUUUCCUAUAGGUUGAAAGGGGGAUAGUUUAAUAAGUGCCACCAUUGUUUUUAUAUUUUUCUUGAUCUCUAUUUACUAAGGAUUGAAGUAAGAAGCAUUCCACUAAUUCACAAAGCUAAACACUUAGUAGGUGAUCUUGAUGGGUGCUGCUAGGCUUUUACUCAGCAGUAGUCAGCCUCAAUAAUUGACAUACUAUUCAGUCUUGUGUGUGUGUGUGUGUGUGUGUGUGUGUGUGUGUGUUGUAUGUGUAUUAGAUCAAGUGGCUUAGUGAAGGUUAUUCACAUGCAGAAAACUCGACAUUCACCAGAACAUACUUUAUUCUUUUGGCCAUGAAAAAAUUGAAUAAAAUUGUGUUAUUCAAAACUCCAUUUGGGAAAAGAAACUAGGAUGAGGUUGGCAUUGCUGUUAUUGGAACUAUAUCUAGGUUGGAUGGUUGAGGGCCCUUGUUGUCAGUUCACAUGGUCAGCACUGUGUUCCUGGGAAAGUGUUGACCCCAGUAGUCACUUUCUAACAGCCACGUGCAGACUUGUGUUGAGGUUUGUUGCAUUCUGAGCCCACUCAGUGUUGUGAAAAGCAGAAUAUAAUGGGAAAGACUGUCUACAUAACCAGCUUUAGCUUUUCGUAAAGUUGGGGGCUUCAUAUGCCAACAAAAGAUGCUAAAAAUGUGUUACUUUUGUCAAAUUAUUGUGUGUGCUCCGACGACUUUAAUUUCCAGUAUCUAUAGUCUUGUGUAUUAGAAAUAUCUAUAUAGGUAUAUAUGCAACUAAAAUGUAACUCAGAAAUAUAGAACAGUAAUGGAGUUUGUUUUCUGGAAAAGACAGAGUCCUAUUGUAUCAAAUUUAUGUAACCUUAUAAUGGCUAAAUAUUCUAAAAAAAAUGUUUAAACUAUUUAAAUUCUUGUGCCUCCUCACCCAAAGGAAAUGAAAAAAUAUAUUAACUUUAUAUAUCUUCUUCAUGAAUUUUGCCUUAAACAUUGUGCCUUGUUUUAUUAAAUUGUUUUUAUUAGA